GGGGCAGGGGGGACCCGGAAGCGGCUGGAGCGCAGGCGGUUUCCUUGGCUACGCCAGAGGGGAGCGGAGGGCCGGGCCCGCCCCAGUCCCGUCCCAGUCCCUUCCGCCGGCGCUGGGACCGCGGCCGCCGCGCCGUGAGGGGCGGGCAGCGGGGAGAGAUGGGCCGGCGCCGGGCCUAGCGGCAGCGGGCAGGCGGCCGCGGCCAUGAGCGGAGCUGCGGGCUGCCAGGGCGGCGGCGGCUGGGGGCCCCGCUGGAGGAGGCCGUGGAAGCUCCUGGCCCUUGGCCUGCUCUCCGCCUCCUCCGUGCUGGCGGCCGCCCCGGGCGCUGGGGCCAUGAGCAAGGAGGAAAAGCGGCGGUUGGGAAACCAAGUGCUUGAAAUGUUUGAUCAUGCAUAUAGCAAUUAUAUGGAGCACGCGUAUCCAGCUGAUGAACUCAUGCCUUUAACUUGUCGUGGACGAGUACGGGGUCAGGAACCAAGUCGAGGGGAUGUGGACGAUGCCUUGGGAAAAUUUUCACUGACCUUGAUUGAUACCUUGGACACUCUUGUGGUAUUAAAUAAAACCAAAGAGUUUGAAGAGGCUGUAAAAAAAGUAAUAAAGGAUGUUAAUUUAGAUAAUGACAUAGUUGUAUCUGUCUUUGAAACCAACAUAAGAGUCCUUGGAGGUCUCCUAGGUGGGCAUUCAGUGGCAAUUAUGCUGAAAGAAAAAGGUGAAUAUAUGCAGUGGUACAGUGGUGAACUUCUGCACAUGGCAAAGGAACUAGGCUACAAGCUUUUACCUGCUUUUAACACCACUAGUGGUCUCCCUUACCCAAGAGUUAACUUAAAAUUUGGUGUAAGACAUCCAGAAGCACGAACAGGAACGGAAACUGAUACCUGUACAGCUUGUGCAGGUACCUUGAUCCUUGAGUUUGCAGCUUUAAGCCGAUUCACAGGAACAUCUAUAUUUGAGGAAUAUGCACGGAAAGCGCUUGAUUUUAUUUGGGAAAAGAGACAGCGCAGCAGCAAUUUAGUGGGCGUUACUAUUAACAUUCAUACUGGAGACUGGGUCCGCAAAGAUAGUGGAGUUGGAGCAGGAAUAGAUUCCUAUUAUGAAUAUUUAUUAAAAGCCUAUGUCUUGCUGGGAGAUGACAGUUUCCUGGAAAGAUUUAACACGCACUACGAUGCCAUAAUGAGAUACAUUAGCCAACCACCUCUUCUUCUUGAUGUUCAUAUUCAUAAACCAAUGCUCAAUGCGAGGACCUGGAUGGAUUCUUUGCUAGCUUUCUUCCCUGGAUUGCAGGUGUUGAAGGGUGAUAUUAGACCUGCUAUUGAAACUCAUGAGAUGCUGUAUCAGGUUAUAAAAAAGCAUAACUUUCUUCCAGAGGCAUUCACAACAGAUUUUAGAGUUCACUGGGCUCAGCAUCCUUUAAGGCCUGAAUUUGCUGAAAGCACUUACUUUCUGUAUAAGGCUACUGGGGACCCUUACUAUCUAGAAGUAGGAAAAACACUAAUUGAAAACUUGAACAAGUAUGCUAGAGUACCUUGUGGGUUUGCUGCAAUGAAGGAUGUUCGCACAGGAAGUCAUGAAGACAGAAUGGACUCUUUCUUUCUGGCCGAGAUGUUUAAAUAUCUUUACCUGCUGUUUGCUGAUAAGGAAGACAUGAUUUUUGACAUUGAAGAUUAUAUCUUCACUACAGAAGCUCAUCUAUUACCACUUUGGCUUUCCACUACAAACCAAACCAUCUCUAAAAAAAAUACAACUACAGAGUACACAGAGCUGGAUGACAGCAACUUUGACUGGACCUGUCCAAACACCCAGAUUCUUUUCCCAAACGACCCCAUGUUUGCUCAAAGCAUUCGUGAACCUUUGAAAAAUGUGGUGGAUAAGAGCUGUCCCAGGGGUAUUUCCAGAGCAGAAGAGAGUUUGGGAAGUGGACCAAAACCACCAUUGAGAGCCAGAGAUUUCAUGGCCAGUAAUCCUGAGCACUUGGAGAUACUAAAGAAGAUGGGAGUCAGUUUGAUUCAUCUGAAAGAUGGAAGAGUACAAUUAGUACAGCAUGCAGUGCAAGCAGCAAGUUCACUUGAUGCAGAAGAUGGCUUACGAUUCAUGCAGGAAAUGAUUGAACUCUCCAGUCAGCAACAGAAAGAGCAACAGCUACCUCCUCGUGCUGUUCAAAUUGUUUCCCAUCCAUUCUUUGGCAGAGUGGUCUUGACUGCUGGCCCAGCACAAUUUGGGAUGGACUUAUCCAAACACAAAGCAGGGACAAGAGGAUUUGUUGCAACCAUUAAGCCAUAUAAUGGAUGCUCAGAGAUCACUAAUCCUGAGGCGGUGAAAGAGAAAAUUGCUUUGAUGCAAAGAGGCCAGUGUAUGUUUGCUGAAAAGGCACGAAACAUUCAAAAAGCUGGAGCAAUAGGAGGCAUUGUUAUUGAUGACAAUGAGGGAAGCAGUAGUGACACAGCUCCUCUCUUCCAAAUGGCCGGUGAUGGAAAGAACACAGAUGAUAUCACAAUCCCCAUGCUCUUCCUCUUCAACAAGGAAGGAAACAUUAUACUGGAUGCAAUCCGGGAGUAUGAGGCCGUGGAGGUGCUCCUUUCUGAUAAAGCAAAAGACAGAGCAACAAUCUUUAAAGGUAAAAUGAUUCCAAACUACAUUAUUGAUAGCAACCUGGAAAUGGAGAAUAUGGACCAGAAAUUAUCUGAAAAUGAUUCACAUAAACAGAAUGCAGAAGAAGCUACUUCAGCAUCUCAGGAUGUUGGUGCGGUCAGCGAGGAGCCCGAAGGAGGAGAAAACUCUGAUGUUACUGACCCUGAUUCUUUACCUCCUGCUCACGCGGCCAGUGACAGCGUUUCCAUUUCAAAUCCGGAUUCCUACGUCCCCGGAACCGAUGAGGCCAGUGCUCCGGAGCCGGCGUGUACGCAGGGGGAUAACCGGCCUCGGGAACGGAAGACUGAGACAGAGUCCAAUUCCAAAGUUAACUGGGAUAAUAAAGUCCAACCUAUGGAAUCCAUAUUAGCAGACUGGAAUGAAGAUAUAGAAGCAUUUGAAAUGAUGGAAAAGGAUGAGCUAUGACUUGUAAUAAUAACUUAUUUGUUAGUAAACAAAUGGAGAACUCUUUGGGUAGAAGUGAGGCCCCGGUAUCUGGGAACUAGAAAACGUAUUCAGUAUUGUGACGAGCAACCAGGUUUCACCUGGAAAUUACCACAGAAAUCCAGCACGCGCUCUUUGUAUUGUUUUAAUUUUUCCUGUUUGAAAAUGGGAACGUGCAAUUGAAGCAUCUGUCUGGCUCCACUGCAUGGUGCUGUAACCCAGGAGGCUUGUUCCCAGAGCGACUUCUGCCUUCCAGGCUCUGAGAGGUCCCACCCCCUCGGUCUCUGGAAGGCAGAAGCUGAGCGCGGCGGGGGUUAACGCACCGGGGGACGGUUAUCCAUGGGAGCACUGGAAGGCAGCAGCUCAGCCACUGGUCUGGGUGGAGCGAGGGUGUGGUGGCACUCAUCUCUACCCAGUUGAAAGCCUUCACUGGUAGCGGCAGGUAAAAUUGCUUCCAGGUGUCAUGCCUUUAAGGCAGGGCUAGAAGCAGUUUGGUUUUUGUCCUGACACACCCUACAGGGAAGUAAUAGUGUUGCUUAUCACUCCUUCCAUCUGUUGCCAUGAAGAACGACCAUGAUGACAUGGGAGUUUUCCCUUCUGCUCUGCUUUCAACCAGAGAAGCUGUAUAAACCAAAGGCAACGCGUACUUUGGAAGCAGGUUCCAUCAGGGUAACUACGACAGCCUUGGGGUCUGCCAGAUAGAGGUUCGGGGUGCGUUGUGAAAGCCCCGCUCGAGGUUAAGGUGAAGUGGGCGAGGCAGGUGUUGGGUUACAGGCAUUUCGUUUGGCCUUCCAGGUUGAAAAACUCAUUCUACCCCAAGAUACGGAAUUGAAACUGGCAAUAUUCUCUGAAAGGACACUAAACAGAACUAGAUCAGCUAUAACAAAAAUAAAUCUUCCUUUUUCUACAAGUUCUACUUCUAACAGCUUGACUUUGUUGUCAUUCUUUUUAUAUGCAACUUCUGUACGUGUGAUACUUAAGGCAAUGAGGCCAGUACUAGUAGUGAAGUGCAACAGUUUUGGCUGUCGGGUCCAUAGUUCGAAGCGUAGUGGCCUGAACUGUGAGGAUGACUGGUGUGUUCCUCUGGGCUUCAGGAGUUUGUUACAGGUAAGUGUGAGUCCUAAUUUGUUGUCCCUGUUAUGAAAAAAACAUUAUUUAAAUAAAAACGGGGAUGUUUGAACAACUGAGAGACAUUUUGACUGUGUCCAAAGAAACUGCCAAAAACUAAUUAACUUGAUUUAUAUAAACUGCUUUUAGAGAAUUGUGGUUCAAAGAAUUGUUUUGUAUUAAAGAGUAAAUUAACACUGCCUAUAUGCUGCACCAGGCUGAAAAUGAAGGUUUAUAUUCAUCUUUACAAUAGAAAGAAUUAAAAAAAAAAAAAAAAAGGCCCAAUCUGAAUUGCACCUUUCAUUUAGCUGGUGAAAUUAUGCGUGCCGAAUAUGCAACUGUUAAUUAGUACAGCCAUACUGUAUUUAUUUGUGUAUACUCCUGUACAGUGUGAAUGGAGAGAUCCCAGGCAAAUGUUGUAUACGUGUAGAUUUAGUGACACUUGCUUUCAAGAGUAUCAAAAUGCACAGGCACCUUUUGAGAGCAUGACAGUCAAUCAGAACAUUGUCCAUAAACUGAAUGAUAACUUUGAAUCCCUAGAGUAGGAGGGAAUUUCGAGGAGGAAAUGAAGCCGUAGCAGUAUAGUGAAUAAGUGUCCUUUUAAAUAAAUUAGUUUUUAAAUGUAGUUGUAAUUCCUUUGCACAAAUAACUGUAUGGAGGUUUGGACUGAAUGAGCCGGGCUUGAAGCAGCCGGGGUUUUUUCAGUUGAGAAUUUUCUUGUUUCUGUGGUGGGUUUUGUUUUUUUUUUUUUGUGUGUGGUUUUUUUUUUUUUUUGUGUUGCGUGAGUUCCAUCAUGUAAGGCAUUAGAUGAUGGGAGCCCUGUAAGUGUCCUUCGUUCCGCGGCAGCCCAGCCCAGCCCAGCCCGCCCCGCGGGUGGCUGCACUCCCCCGGCAGCGCCCGGGCGCGGCGGCCGCAGGGUCAGACCCAUCAGGUGCAGACCAGAAGGUUUCGCUCGGAUAAGGCCUUUGAUCUGUCAGUGCUCAGUGCCACAAAAGGAGCAUUUUUGUCCCCAUGCUCUUGGACACGGACUAUAUCUCCAUACUUGUUAGCUCUCCUGGUGGAAAUAGUUAUUAUUUUUAUAGCUGUAGAGACCCUCUGGUCAUUAUGUUAAGACUGUCGAUAUAGCAACUAAAGGUUUUCUUUUUUUUACUUGCAGAAAAUUUAGGCGUAGGUGUAAAAUUUUAUUAAAAGAUUAACUUUUCUUGCCAUCACCAGCUCAUUUUUAACUGCUUUCUCUGUUGCUCAAAGCAGCAGGCAUUAGCUCUCCUUUUAAGGGAUUUUGAAUGAUCCCAGAACUCCAUAUGGAUUCGAAGCAUCGUUUUGGUGGUGGCCUACCUCAGAUAACUGUUGCCUCCUUCCUUUUGGGUUGUUUUUUGUUUUUGUUUUAGUUCCUUUCCAGUUUGUUCUACUUUACCUUUGAAACCAUCAUGAGAGCCAUAGCUUUGUUUACAGAACUGAAUCGGGUAAGGUUGACCUUUUGGGAAAGAGGACUGAGUUGGAGGGGGAAGUUUUAUUCAGGUUAUUUUCACUUUGUAUUUCCUUAUGAGGAAAUAGGCGUUAGUUUAACCUUUUCAUAUCAUUCUGGAGAUAAUUCAAUUUUCUGUCACUGUCAUCUUAAAAGCGAGAAGAAUGUAUUCAUCAAAAAAACCCAAAACCUUUUGGAGAGGGGAGUAAGUGUUCUUCCCAGGUUUUUAGAAGUCUGCUCCCUCCUUGUGGAAUAUUGCUCGUACAUCAUUAAUCAGUAAUCACCUCUUUCUUUGUAUAGUAUUGUACAUUUCUUUGUAUGGUGUUGAACACUGAAGAGUUCAGGAAUCACAGCUGGAACUAGCACUUAUUCCAUGCCAUGUAAUUCAGAUCAGCCAAUUAAUUUCUCAUUUGAUCAUAGAGGAAUCUUAAUUGUUUACAUUUGUUGUUUCUUAAUGAAGUUUCAAAGUGAGCCCAGCUUUGGUUCUCCUCCUGCCAGCGUACCUGAAGGCGUAGGGGUAGGCAUGAGUAAGUGUGUGCUGAGAGGUUAAAAAUGAGACCUCUUAUGCAAAAGGCAUCAGUCAGAACAUAGGGAAGAAAAACCAUUCUGUGAAUGAAAUAUUGUAUGUUCAGAUUUUAUAAGAUUAUUUUUUUUUUAGCCAGCCCAAUUUACAGCCGUAUAUUUUCUUAUGAAAGAUGUCUAAUAACAGGUGCUGUAACACUAGAGUUGGGUUUUACUGUCUGGUGAGAAGUGUAUACAAUAUUUCUAAGGGCAACUAUGUACUGUGAUGUAAAAGUCUGGGCUAAAAUGUAUAUAAUCCGUGUACAUAAUUGUGUACUUGAUUAUAACUGCUGAUUGUAAAGAUUUAAUAAAAUGUAAAUAUUCUGGUCAA